AUGACGCAACGAGCCUCCCGUACGAAUAAAUUGCAGCGCAACGAGAGACGACGUUUAAAGCAGAUCGCAUUUAAUUCGUGUAGAUUUCCCGAUAGGUGGAUUGAUUAUGAUCCAGUGGGGAAAGAUAUGCCGGGAACACGGUUUGUUGCCUUCAAGACGCCCUUGCGACACAAUUAUUUCUUGAAUUGUAGCGAUGAAUUUGAUGUGCAGAAUAUUUUUGAAACGAGAAGUUUACUUGAUAUGGCUAAUGCUGCUGGUAAGCAGAUAGGUCUUGUUAUUGAUUUAACAGCAACUCAGAAAUAUUAUGAUUCACGUGAAUGGACUGAUAUCGGUAUUAAGUAUGAGAAAAUAAUGUGUGCGGGACAUCACGUAAAUACCCAAAUGGAAAACAUUCAGAAAUUUUACGACAUUGUCAAUAAUUUUCUAUCCAAACAUAUCUACACUGGUGAAUUAAUUGGCGUGCACUGUACACAUGGUUUGAAUCGAACGGGAUACAUGAUUUGUCGAUACUUGAUUGAAGUCGAUGGCUGGGAUGUUAAUAGUGCCAUUGAACAAUUCGAGUACUGUCGGGGCUAUAAAAUUGAGCGAAAGAAAUAUAUCGAUUCAUUACUAAAUGAUUGUGUCAGAGGUAAGCAUGCUACUUCAUCUGUGGAUUAUCCUGGAAAAUCUAUUAACGGAAUAUCUGAUAAACGGCUAUCUCAUUUGAAAAAUGUUUUACCCUGUAUUGAUGUGAAUGAAUUUGUUGCUACUAAUUAA